AUGCCGCCAAAACAACCCACGAAUUGGCGCCUCUGGAGCAAAGUCAUAGUCGGCGGUCUAGCAAUCAGCAUAGGAGGUCCCUUACUAACCAUGAGACUUACGCCCACCGAGGACGAGCUCCGAGCAAAGUACAACCCCGACCUACUCAAGAAGAGCAUCGAGACGAGAGACGAGCGACAACAAGAAUUUGAUGACUUUGUGACAAGGUUGAAGGAGUAUUCCAAAUCAGAUAAACCAAUCUGGAUCGUGGUCAAGGAAGAGGAAGAGAGACGAAAGAAGGCUGUCAUGGACGCGGCCAAGGUGCAGCAGAAGGAGGCGGAUGCUCGUCGGGAAGAAAUGCGAAAAGAGGCAGGUCUUGGAUCCAAAUGA